CUCUUUCUCUGAUAGCAAUUUUAGCCCGAUAAUCUCUGAGCCCUCAUACCUUUCCUAUUUAGGUUGCAAAUAAGGGCUCCCAUAUAGAACAUGCUCCAUUGGAGCGCCUCUAUAGGUCCCAAUGGCUGACGCGACCGAUCAGGAUGAUGUCAAGGCUAGCAACGGCCAGCCUUCUCAACCGCCAAGCCAACCUCCUCACGAUACCAACCACGAGGCCACCGAAAAUGGAUCCCAGGAACCAAAACCAUUAGAGCCUGCAUUUCCUUUGUUACAAAAUAAUGCUAGUAGUGAAACACUGCUGCAAACUGUCCAGACGCAGAAACGGACCACGGCCGAGGACGACAAUGAGGAGGAACCAGCCGUAGCUAGACCUUUCGUCCGGACAAACAGUCCCGAUUUAUCUUCCAGAGUAGCCACACCGCCCGAAGAGGAGAGAGCGCCCAUACGAUCAGCCUACAAGAUGCACAAAUUCACACUGUACGAGACGGCAAGCCGAUAUUACAUCGUGGGGGGAGACGUUACCGAAAAGCGCUAUCGCAUCUUAAAGAUCGAUCGCAAUACUCACGAUUCCGAUUUGAGUAUAACUGACGAUAAAAUCAUAUACACCCAGAAGGAGAUGAAUUCGUUGCUUAAUACUAUAGACGACGGGAAUAAAGGCACUGGUGGUAUCAAGCAGAGAUGUACGACAUGGGGCAUUCUAGGUUUUAUCAAGUUCACAGGGCCAUACUAUAUGCUGCUGAUUACCAAGAAGAGCACGGUUGCGAUGAUUGGAGGUCAUUACGUGUACCAGAUCGAUGGCACUGAACUCAUCCCUUUAACGCCAGCAAAAUACAAGACUGAUGCUCGUCAUGUUGAGGAGCAGCGCUUCCUGAACAUCCUCACCAAUCUGGAUCUGACGAGGUCGUUCUACUAUAGCUACUCCUACGACAUCACUAGGACAUUGCAGCAUAAUAUCACCAGGGAGAGAAUCGCUUUACUAGAUGGUAUGCCGGGCACUACAUACGACGAUUAUAACUCGAUGUUUAUCUGGAAUAGCCACCUUUUGCGACCCGCCGAAGAGGCUAUUCAUGACCCCUUCGACUGGUGUCGUCCAAUUAUUCAUGGCUACAUCGACCAAGCUGCGAUAUCCAUAUACGGCAGAACAGCGCAUAUCACCAUAAUUGCGCGACGGUCGCGAUACUUCGCAGGUGCAAGAUUCUUGAAGCGCGGUGCCAAUGAUUUAGGUUACGUUGCAAAUGAUGUUGAAACUGAACAGAUCGUCGCUGAAGCCUUAACGACUUCGUUUCACUCGCCUGGCCCUAAAUUGUUCGCUAAUCCCCAGUACACUUCCUAUGUGCAGCAUCGAGGAAGCAUUCCUCUUCAUUGGACGCAGGAUAAUAUGGGUGUCACCCCAAAGCCCCCAAUCGAGUUAAAUCUCAUCGAUCCGUUCUACACAGCAGCAGCACUCCAUUUCGAUAACUUAUUCGAGCGAUACGGAUCUCCUGUAUAUGCGCUGAACCUCAUCAAAGCGAGAGAGCGGACCCCAAGAGAAUCAAAGUUGCUGGAUGAAUAUACUAACGCCAUCAACUACCUAAAUCAAUUCUUACCUCAGGGUCACAAAAUCAUUCAUAAAGCCUGGGACAUGAGUCGCGCUGCGAAGAGUAAAGACCAAGACGUAAUCGGUACACUUGAAAACAUUGCGGAGUCUGUUGUCACUACAACCGGCAUUUUCCAUAAUGGCGAUGGAGAGAUCACUCCAACCAGGGUGCAGAACGGUGUCGCGAGAACAAACUGCAUCGAUUGCUUGGAUCGUACGAACGCAGCUCAAUUCGUCAUCGGAAAGCGAGCGCUCGGACAUCAGCUUCAUGCUCUAGGCAUUCUUGAAAACACAACCAUCGACUAUGAUACAGACGCAGUGAACCUCUUCACUCAUAUGUAUCACGAUCACGGUGACACGAUCGCAGUUCAAUAUGGUGGGUCCCAGCUAGUGAAUACUAUGGAGACGUAUCGCAAGAUCAACCAGUGGACGAGCCAUUCUCGGGAUAUGAUUGAGAGCUUCAAACGAUAUUACAACAAUUCAUUCAUGGACAGCCAAAGACAAGAAGCCUACAAUCUCUUCCUCGGCAAUUAUAUCUUCGCUCAGGGACAGCCUAUGCUGUGGGACCUUUCCACAGAUUAUUACCUCCAUCACGCGGAUCCACGAACAUGGUCACAAAAAGAGAAGCAUGACUACAUUCACUGGUAUACGCCCGCUUAUCUCGAGAAGCGAACCAUACCAGCUUUUGUACCACCGAAAGGGGAAAUGGGCAACAAGCCUGUUUCGUUUUUCGAUGACUACUGGCUCGAAUAUUAUCGCCCAUCAACCUUGUCUUCAUUCCCGAAGAUGUUUCCGUACAAGAUGAAUUCAACUAUCAAGUACAUACCCUUCAAAUCAACGCAGGAAGGCAAAUAUGACUUGAGUCCCUUCCGCGUUCGCACUGAAGGUGACGGGGAGACGCACGAGAAGAAGAAAUCCACGACAAAGAAGGAGGUGAUUAUUGUUGAUCCAUCGGAAUCCCACAGAUCAACAGCAGAUGAUGACUCCGAGUCCGUGAUGACAGAGAAGGCCAGCGUCAGAGGGAUUUCCAUCCAACGCUGGCUACAGCCCAUGCAGCCGGAAAAAGGUCCUACAAUCCCUCAUAGUAUCAUGAAAGAUUCGGCGGAGAAUCGUGAUAGGCCGAAACAAACACAGCAAGAGAAAACCAAGGCCGCGCAAUGGACCUUCGCAAACAUCGUCCAAGAAUCGCUCAACCCAACCGUCAGCGCGCAGGAAACGGAGGAUUACACACGUUACAUCAGCCACCCGCAGAGCCUGCCGUUGGUAAUCUCGAACGACGCGCCGCCCGAUGUCGAUUCUUCUGAAUACCAGGAGUAUCUCAACGGAAGUUGGCAUACGGAAGGCCUAGCCCCUAGCGGCGCCGAAGAGGAUAUCGACGGGUAUAACAAUUUGCUGAAGGUGGGAGAGAACCCGUUGACGGUGACGGACGAGGACUUGCCCAAGAAGAGAUACAAGGCUUAUAGGAAGUGGCUUAGAGGUAAAUCGCUCUUCAAGCAGCAACCUCUCGAUUAGGAAUCGUCGGCUCAGACUACCCCGAUGAGCGACACUUUUCAUCUGGGGUCGCUAGACUUGGGCUCCCCUUGACAGCUCAAAGCUACUCUGGGUUUAUAUCCCUGAAAAGCUUGCUUAGCUGUGGCUCUUUCUCGAUAAGCACACCCACUCGUUCGUGAAAGUCUACUUUGGAUGCUUUCAUUACUGCCGAUAGGAUGUCUGCGGUCUUGGUCAAUUCGACUUUUAGGUCGUUUGCAAUCGGGCUAGUGGAUGAAAAUGAGU